CGAGCGCGGCUGGGCCCGAUCUCAACAUCUCGUUCACCGAGAGAUGCUGCGGCCGCGCUCCGCGGGGGGCCACCUGCGACUGCCGGAGCGCGGCGGCGCCCGCGGGGCCGCCGCUUCCGCCGCCCGUCGGGCCUGCAGGUGCGGAGGCCGCGCCGCCUCCGACCGCCCCCCUGGCGGUCCGGGCCGAGGCGCCGUGGGGCAGUGCAGGGUCGAUCGACGAAAAGGCGGUUUUGCUCGGCGCGCUCGCCUUCGUGGAGACAGCCGCGAUUUAUUCGGUUAUGCGCAGGAAGGUCGAUGUCAGGACCAUGGCCCUCGUGCCCUUCUCAGCGGGGCCCGUGUGGCUGUCGGGGGGCCGGCUGCCCGUGUCGCUUGCCGCUGGCCCGGGCUACCUCCGCGAGAGA